AUUCGCAUGUGUCAAAUUGGAUAGUAAACAAGUUGACAAAUAUGUCAAGAAAUCAUCGCGGGGAUACUAGCAAUGUAAACCAGAAUUAUAAACUGGUUGUUGUAGGUGGAGGUGGUGUAGGCAAGUCGGCUCUCACAAUACAAUUUAUACAGUCCUAUUUUGUGACGGACUAUGACCCAACAAUAGAGGACUCCUAUGCCAAACAGUGUGUGAUUGAUGAUGAGGUCGCGAGACUUGACAUACUGGACACGGCCGGUCAGGAGGAGUUCAGUGCCAUGCGAGAGCAGUACAUGCGGUCCGGAAUGGGGUUCCUUCUUGUAUACUCUGUAACAGAUAAAAGCAGUUUUGAUGAAAUUUAUAAAUUCCACAAACAAAUAUUGAGAGUUAAAGACCGGGAUGAGUUUCCAAUGAUUAUGGUGGGAAAUAAAUCAGAUUUGGACCACCAACGGCAGGUGCCAGUAGAAGAAGCUAAGAAGUUGGCCGAUCAGUUAAAAAUCAGUCACAUAGAAGCUAGUGCCAAAAUGAGAAUGAACGUGGAUCAAGCAUUUUAUGAACUUGUCAGAAAAGUCAGGGUGUUUGAAUUUAAUGAGGGACCACCAGUAAAGGCGAAGACUAAAUCCAAAUCCAAGUGCACAAUAUUAUAAUGAUUACCCAAUUUUUGUAUUAUAUAUAUGUAGAAAAAAGAAGCGAAAAUGCUCUG